CACACAUACAUACAUAUAGGCAGGCGGCUGGCAGAGGUUAAGGCCUGACUUCUGCUCCCAGUCGACCCAGUCGACCCGUGUUCAAAUCCGCCUGCCGGCUCCUCGGGUAUUUGAGGAGUGGUGAAAUGGGAGGUGGCCCCCCAUCAUAUGGACGAUGUAGGACGUGAUAAAAUCAACUUGCGAGCUGACCAGGAACUAAGUCGAUGCGCCGUUGAUCCGCUAGAUUUGGUUGGAUGCUGGUGCGAUAGGCUGAUGCUUCCUCCAUGUCCUCCGCCGUACCAACAAACCAAGAAGCAAACCGCCGUUUGUUACCCGCUAACAUCAGACAGACCCGCAUCAUCAAGUACGCGACCGUGUACAACUAAGCACAUACAGCUGGCGAAGACUGAAGCCGCCGCAUCCUUCGCAGCGCAGCAGCCCGGCUUUAGGAACAGACAAAAAGACGAGAAACAAGAAAUAAAGCCACUGAGCAAGGCAGGGCUAAGACAACCAUGA